AAUCGCCGUUUGCAGGAGUAGCCAGGGAGGCGGGAGGAGAUCACGUCGGGGGGACGAUGGCCUCAGGACGUGAGCAUACUGAUCUGCCAGUUUGCGGGUCCCUGCUGCGUCGACAGGUUGGGCUGUGCAGGCAGCGCCCCGCGCGAGCUGGCGCGCGACGGGGCGGUGUGGCGCUCCUUCUGCCUCGCCCGCUGGGGCCGAGGGGCGAACCUCCACGCGUACCGGGGCGCGAGGGAGCUCUACCUGGACCGCGGCGGCCCGAGGGACGAGAGGGGCGCAGGUCCGAGGUUUAUGCUUGUGCCGCUGUUUCUCCUCCUACCCAUGGACCUGAGUUUCGCCGACGAUGAGCUCAUCGCCGUCUCGGAAGCCCCGCGGGGAAGCUGCACUGGCGCGCGCGCUGGCGUGCUGGUGGUGGACUGCGGCACUCGAGAGGUCCGGCAGCGCAUGAGCGUGUCAGACUCUCGCAUAAAUUGCUGCGACGCCGCCGGCGGGUUGGUGUGCCUGGGCGGUAGCGACUCCAAGGUGCGCCUGCUGCGGAGGGCCGAGGCCCCUGACGGACGCGGCGGCACCUGCGGCGAGGACGGUGCGGGCUACCAGGAAGUGUGGACGCACCAGUGCCUGAGCGAGGUGAACGACCUUCGCCUGGCGCGCGAGGGCGCGGUCGUCACGGUGCGGACGGGUCCUGACCGUUGCCCCGCGGGCAUGGACCUGAUCCCGCUGGACCGGCCCGACGCGUUGGUGUCGUUCCAGGGCGGCUGCUCGGCCACGAUGGGCAAGUACAUCCACGCGCUGGACGGCUUCGAGGAGGGGUGCUCCCUGAGCUCGGUGAUCUGUGCUGGGGAGGACGCUUUCACGAGUGCCUUCUCCGUGAUGCUCUUCGACUUCAGGAGGCAGUCCCCAGGUGUGGUGGACCUACCGGUGGCAGCCCUGGGUCAGCCCCCGACGUCCACGGUCUGGCCGCUGCGUGCUGGGGCCUCGCACCUCGCCUACGCGGGCAUGGGCCGCCGCGGGGCCGGCGGAGGGAUCGCGGUGGUGGACUUCCGGUACCCGACCACCAGCUCGGGCAUGCAGGUCUGCUUUCCCGGCGAGCUGGACGACUUCCGCUGCUUCGGCGGCAGCCUCUACGCGGCCUGCACGGCCCGGGGCGCGCGGGGUACCGAGGCCAGCGUCUUCCGGUGCAGCCCCAGCGGGCCACGGGAGCUCGAGCUGCUCUCCUCGGUGGUGGGCGCAUGGCCGCUGUCGUCCUCGGGCCAGGUGCGCGUUUUUCGUGCUUCCUCCCCAGGGUAACGCUCGUUACCCCGGCCACGCCCCCCCUCUCACCGGGUAGCGCAGAGGAGGAAGAGGUACCGAAACCGCUACCCUGUGCCCGUUCUCCCCUUUUACAGAUUCCUCGGAGGCCCACGUCGCCACCGUCGGAUUCGCCUCGAAAUCCUGGUCAGAACGCACCUGGGAGAGGUCUGGGGAGUAGCGGUGUCGAUUCUUUCUGGUUUUUGUUGACGAUCGUAUGGGCCCCCUUUUAGAUGCUGUGGUGCACGCGGGCGAUUGAUGCCCCGGUGGCGCGGACGCACCCUGGCGGGUGCACGCCGCGGCCGCCGUUACCGUUACCCUCCCGCCCCGCCCCCGCCCCCUGGUAACGACCGUUACCCAGGAAAGGGAAAACUUUGGUCACCAGGGCGCCCUCGAGGACCUGAAGGUGCUGACCGUCAGCCAGCGGGGCUUCGCCCUCUCCUGCGGCGAGCACCUCCUCCUCGGCAGCGUGGCCGAGGCGGGGCGUCCAGGACGCCUGCCCCCGGCCAGCUCUGGGGGGGCCUCGCCGCUGCCUCUGCGCCCUGGGUCUUGAGCCGCCCGCCGGGCCCUGGCGAGCUGCUGGGGCGUGGCGCCGCCCCGCGCCCGCCUCCAUCGGGGUCCGAUCUCCGCUGUCGUUGCCCCCUCGCCUCCAGCACCGCACCGACCGCGAAUUCGUCUGCUGACAUUGCCGUGCUCGGGCUGCUCGGCUCAUGGAGGCAGAUCUCGAGAAUUCGGGCGUGUCCGCCCUCGA